AUCACAUUGCUUUGGAGUGUAUACAUCCUCAGACCAGCCACGGGUCCUCGUACCAUGUGCACCCGUACCCAUCCCCCGUACGGCUGCAACAUGCUUUUGGCUCCCAGAGCAGCCCUAAGAUGUUCCAUCCGAAGGGGCUUAAACCGCACCUUGAUGGGCGGGCGUACAGCACGCCGACAGAUAGUCCAAUCCUGGGUCGGGCGCUAUGUCUCACCCCCCGAGGCAGCCCUAUUCCCGGCCGAGUCUCACAUCUCAACGAGAAAUUCCAGGACUCCUUAACGCUCACCUCCGACACAGAUGCUCUAGUUGCCAAAAUCAGUGCCAUGUUCCCUACUGUUAGCGAGACGCAUAUCAAAAUUCUGUUGAAGAAGUACUACAAUCGCGAAGCAGUGGUUAUAAGUGCAUUGCAAGUGGAAAAACAUCCAAUCACAACCCCAGGGCCGCUGACCAUGUCGCCGUCGGCUGUGAGGUUGCAGAAAAGCGCCAUGGGCGUGUAUUCAGCUUUGCAGUUGGCUAAAGGGGCAUCGGCGUCGCAGGGCUCUAGUCAUUUCACUCCGCUAACGGGAACCCCUCAUGGUUCGCCAUUACUCGUGCGGCCGGCGUCGGGGGCGUCCAGUUACUACGGCACGAACAAGUCCUCUGAAGGGCAGCAGCGUCGCCAUCAGUCACCAAAGAUGAAACUCAAGUACCUGAAAAGCAUCUUUCCGAAAGCAGAAGAAACUCUCAUUCUCGAUGUACUGACAAAUAGAGACAACAACGUGCUGAAGGCGAGUGAGGAACUCCUCAGCAAGGGUUUCAGUAAGAAGGAGCCUGUCGCUCUUCCUAAGAAGAAGGAGAAGGAGACGCCGCAGCCGCCGAAGAAAGUCGUCACCAUCAUGAAGACAACGGCGGAAAAGAAUGAACUGAAACAGAAGCUUCAAGCUAAAUACAAAACGGUUGCUGAACGCGUCAUAUCUAUGGCUUUAGAAAGCGUUGCGUAUAACGAAGAGCGAGCUGAACAGAUCUUGGGUGCAAUGCUGCAGGAAGAAGAGGUUCCAAAGGCGCCCAAGGCCGAGGCCAAGGCGGCCAGGAGAACUUGUCCACCGGAUGCGGAGAGAGGUGCGUGUGCGAGCUCCGUGGUGCGGGAGCCGCCGCCCGCGCCCGCCGGCGUCGCUGCCACGCGCCGCCUCAAGACGUGGACCGAGCAUUUAAAGCCAAUAUUGAAGCCAAAUAAUAGCUCUGAGAAGAAGCACAAGUCUCUAUUCGCGACGCCGCCCAGUGGGCCGAAUGCGGGUCUGCGACAGGGCCCUCAGGAUAACCUGCUAUUAUUGGAUUACAUGCCGUGGAACGGCCCCGAUCCGGAUCUACGAACGGGUCAGAUCGUGAAGCCCGAGGGCCCAGAAUCUAGAGACAAGAAGAGAGAGAACAAGGGCAUCGCCAGGGGCCCCGCUGGCCUUUCCAAAGGCCCCUCUGGCUUGGCCAAAGGGUCUUACCAGAAACAUACCAAGAAGUCGGCUAAAAUUGUCGUUUGAAAUGUGACAAGCGAGCUUUUGUCAGAAUCGUCGCCCUCCGAAAAUUUAUCAUUCAUAUUAUUACUUUAUUAUUGAUUUAACCUAUUGGUGAAAUGUAAAUACGAUCGGAUUGUAUUAUUAUUUAGAAUAAAACUAAAAUAUGAGGUAUAGAAAUUAAAGAUGUCACCUUUCGCGUGACUGAGGUUUAAAAAUUUUGAUAAACAAUUGCUGAAAAAUGAAACGUUUAUUAUAAUUAUUAAUACAAAUAUCGAACACUAAAAAAAAUUCCUUCGAUCCGACUGGUACCGUACCAGACAUACGCUAACUAAGCCAUGGAACGAACCAACGGACCUUACGAAUUUUUCUAAGUGCUUGUGGCAGAUCUCUGUUUUUGGUUUUUAACGACUUUUUGCCGUAACGCCAACUGUGAGAAA